AUGUCCCCAAAGUAUUCCUGGAUAUUUCUGGUUCUGUUGAGUCUCGGCUCCACCAUCUAUUCCCAAAGCUGCAAAUGGCUCCAUCGCCAACAGGGACAUGUGACCAAGCAGAUCCUACAGAACUUCAACCAGAUGCUUCCUGCUGAGAGGACACAUGAAGUUUGCUUAGAAAACAUUACUGAGCUUGCUGAUAUAGAUUCUCUGUAUGACAUUUCACAGGUGGAAUCUGCAGCCAUUGCUGUGUGUGAAGUCUCCAAGCAAACUGUCCAGUUCUAUAGGAAGCACCAGGAGAAACUUGGAUGCCAACAGCCGGCCUGUGAUAGGCUGCAGGACCUGCUGUAUUACCAGGCAAAUCAGCUGGUUGACUGCAUCCCAGCGACAGCAGAAAACCAUCUCUUUGUAGAGGGGAUAUCACAACAAUUCUACACACUGGAGAAGAUCAUACAUGACCAGGGUAACACUGAAUGUGUGCAGAGAAUCAUUAAUACUGAAAUUAGGAGGAAUCUACAGCUUGCAGCUCAGCUCUCCUCUCGCAUGAGAAGACGACAUCUUAUGAAGACGCUUCUGUGGCUGCACGACCCUAUUUACCAGCAGAGCAAGUGCUCACUUGAAAACUGCAAGAAGAGAUUUAAUGAUGUAAAGCAGGGGCUGAAGACUAAGUUAGCAAAGGAGCUGCAAGAGUCUCACAGGAUAGGAGGUGGCCAAGCAGGCCAGAUCCAUUAUACAACCUUUGAGGAGGUACUUAAGCAGGUCAUACCACCUGAAAUACUGCCAGACAACCAUAUAGAAGAUAUGGACCAUCCAUCAUCACAAGCACAACUUGCUAUUGGAAAAUAUUCAUAA